CUUUCUUGCUGCUGAUACUUGCUGAUACGCAUUUCACAGAUACAACGAGCAGCAGGACAAAAAACAACUCCCUUUAUUUGCAUCCGUCACGCUCUAUUUAUUACUAGAAAAUAAUAAAAUACUGUGCCUCGAAUAUCGUAGUUGCGGAAGCAUCUUUACGACGAAAGUAGUUGAAAAUUGAAAAAUGAGUGACCAACGAGUGAAUAGUUUGAUAAAAUGGUUAGAUACUUUCGAGCUGGAAGCGCGACAUACAACGAUCGAGGAUAUAAGCGAUGGUGCAGCGAUCGCAGAGGCUUUGGCUCAAAUUGCUCCAGAGUGGUUCACUGCAGCCUGGCGUUCGAAGAUUAAAAUCGAUGUUGGUACAAACUGGCGUUUAAAGAUGAGUAAUUUAAAAAAAAUCAUCGAGGCUGUUAUAGAAUAUUACGUUGAAUGUUUGAAUCAGCCUUUGUCCGAUUAUGCCAAACCGGACGCCGCGAAAAUUGGAGAGAACUGUGACAGCGACGAAUUACGUCGUCUAUUGCAGCUGGUUUUGGGAUGCGCUAUUAAUUGCGAUAGAAAACAACACUACAUAACGUUGAUAAUGAGCAUGGAAGAAUCAGUUCAACGUGCUAUAAUGCAAAGUAUACAAGAAUUGGAGGACAGCAUGCACGGACCAAAAUUGAGCCUCGGCGGGAGCUUGAAUCUGGAUGGAUCUGAUGGAACUGACGGAGCUCAACAGAGAUUAUUAGCCGAGUUACAAAGUGCGGUCGACUUGAAAGAUCAGUUAGGACAACGCUGUCACGAAUUAGAUCAACAAUUGUCUCUCCUGCAGGAAGAGAAAGCAGCACUGAUGACGGAAAACAAAAAAUUGCAACAGCGUCUCAACGAAUUGGACUGUAACGACGAAAGUGGCUCAAGCGUUGUGUAUUCAGCACUGAGAAAACAAGUAGAGGAUCUCAAAGAUGAGAUUUUCAAAAUCGAAACUUCACGCGAUGAUUACAGGCUCAAAAUGGAACUUAUGAAAAAAGAAAUUCUAGAACUACGCUCAGAGAAUGCGGAAUUGCAGAUAAAUGCUGCCCGAGCUGAUAAUCUCAAGGAUGAAAUAGAUGCCUUAAAAGAGACAGCUGAUCGAGCUGAAAAAUAUGAAGCUACAAUUGAAUCUUAUAAGAAGAAAAUGGAGGAUUUGAGCGACCUUCGAAGGCAAGUAAAGAUUCUAGAGGAAAAGAAUAUGGAGUAUAUGGAAUCACGAAUCACUUCUGAAGAAGAGUCUAAAAGAGCGGCUCUUGUGAGAAAUCAUUUAGAAUUGUGCAAACAACAAUUGGCAGAGUGCCAUCGCAGACUCGACGAAUCAAACAACAAGUGCGACAAACUAGAAUUUGAAGCUAAGAAAAUGGAAGCAAAGUUGAGUUCACUGCAGCGUGAAAGAGACAGGCUUGUUAUGGAGAGAGAUGCUUUGCGCGAGACUAACGAAGAAUUGAGAUGUACACAAGCUCGAGAUAUUGAAACUUUAGUAAUUCCAGGCAGUUCUGAUGAUCCCAGUGCCGUUGAUUUCAUACCACAUCAAUUAAAGGAAAAAAUGUUGUUGCUUCAGCACGAAAUCAAAAUGCUGAAGCUCAAUCAGAGCGGAAGUGAUGAUAAAUUACCCACUGUGCAAGCGCUUCUUGAAGAUUCGGAAGAACGUUUGAACACUCUAAGAGAACAAAAUCGUAAUGGAAACCAACGUAUUCUCGAGCUUGAGAACAAAUUGGAAGAAGUUACUCAGAAUACCACGAGAUCUGAAACUAGAUCCGAUAAUACGAUUUCUCUGCAACAAAGAAUCGACAGUCUUCAAGAGGAAUUAAAGAAAUCUAACGCUGAACGAGAACAAUUAGCAGCUCAAAUUGAGGAACGCGAUAGUUCUUUACAGACUCAGAAACAAAAAGUGUUCAGUCUGCAGGAGAAUUUAAGUCGUAAAGAACUUGAGUGUAACGCGCUUGACGAACGCUACAGAAAAUACAUUGACAAAGCAAAAAGCGUCAUCAGAAGUUUGGAUCCUAAACAGAGCAACUCCUCACCGUCAGAAAUUGCCCAGCUGCGCAGUCAACUGAUAGAAAAGCGUAAAAUCAUCGAAGACAUGGAACGAUCCAUAAAGGAAGCAAAACUUUUACGAGAAAUGGAGGAAAAAAUGAUGACUUCUGCUUUUUACAACCUUGGAUUCACUUGCCAUCGCGAAGCUGUUGAUCAACAUCUCUCUGCAUUGAGCUCCAGUCAAGGACACUCUUUUUUAGCUAGACAACGACAACCUGCAGCCAGAAGAACGAUUAACCAGUCGUACAAUCUCGAAUAUGUACAAUGACGUUAGUUCAGGCAAUGAUUCAUCUUGAUGAAAGCCAGUCUCAAUAUUUCGAGAAAAAAAUUGGUUUUUUCUGUACAGCUUUUAUCGUAAUUGACGCAAAAAAAUAUAUUUUUGCAGAAAUUUUCACCCGAAAGUAAAAUUAAGGUAUGCAAUGAGGAUCACUGCAAUAAACUUUUAUCAACUGACAUUAAUACGUUUGAACGAUCAAGAAUUUUUUGUUUUUUUAAAAAAAAAAACCUUUUUUUUCUUUAUAUUCAGAGCAUAUUUUCAUGUUGAUUAUUUUAUAUCACCGGUUCAUGAAUUGAACACUGUAUAUCAGAGUCUACUAUAAAAAAUGUUGUUUUUUGUUUCUGUUUAUGUGAAUAUUGACUAAAGUAAGAGGCAAAAUCCGAAUUUUAAUAUAUAAACUAUCGAUUUAUUCAUAUUUAAAAAAUGGGUAGAAUCGUAGAUAUACCAAUCAAUCCAGGUUGCAUAAUUUUGGCUAUGAAAGUUUACAUCGCAUAAUUUUAAUAUACACCCAAAUGUGCCUGGACCGAAAGCGAGUUGCCCAGAAUAAAAUCAUGUAGACCCGACAUAAUGAAAUAUACCUCGCAGUAGAGAAUAAUAUUGCCAUUUGAAUGUGAAAAGAAUUGCGACGUACAUAAAAUGGCAGUGCUAAUGAAAAUAACUGAAUGAUAAUCUUCCAAAAAAUGAUCUUUCGAAAAAUAUUAAGUUUCAGGAUCACACGAUUUUUCUUUUUAAUAUCCAAAGUGUCGUUAUCAUUUUGAAUACAUUGAAUUAUUAAUUGAACCUCUUUUUGUAUAAUAAAAUUAUUGCUUAGGAAAAAAAGUAUUUGAUAAUAGAAUUAAGUCACGUUAUAAUAAAAAUGUAAAUCCUACUGUUUUGGUGUUCUUUUAUUGAAUAUUUUCAAAAUUGUAAAUACAUAUAUUGUUUUGAAACAAUAAAUUAAUAGUCUAAAAGCGUA